AUGAAGGUAUUUAUAAAUAAAAAAAUGGUUUUAGCAUUUCAAUAUAAUAUAACAUUAGUCAUUAAAAUUAUAGAUAUAAUAAUAAUGGCAUUAUGUGCUCGUAUUUUAUAUUAUCUAAAAGAGUAAAAGAAGUCAGGUUAUCCUUUAACAAUUCUAUGUUUAGUAAGAAUUUCAGCAUAACUAACUUUGAAUUAUUUUUGUAAACCAUAAAUUUUAUCAGUCAUAAUAAACUUAAACCUUAUUCAUACAUUAUUUUAAGAGUAAUUGGUAAGUGAUUUUAGUUUAGCCAAAUUACCUUCUUUGUACAUAAUAGGAAAUGUAUUUUUUGAAUAACAAUUUUCUAAUUAUUUUAUCAAUGUUGGUAUAGGAUUAACGUGUUUAUCAAUAAUGUUCUCAUUUCGUCAUAAUAAUAAAUUGAAAUAAAAAAGUGAGAAGAGUAUUUAAAAGAUAUCAAAAGAUUUUGAUAUUUGUAUAUCAGCUUUGCCUUAAAAAGAAUUUGAUGCUUAUAAAUCAGAAGAUUUGAAUGCAUCAAAUUGUAAAAGUCCUGUUUAUGGAGGAUUUUCACCAUUAAAAGAACUUUCUAAAUCAAUGGAUUCUGUAUUAAUGGAUGAAUAGUAAAUAUAUUAAUAUAAUAAUAAGUGCUUGGAUUAAGGGAUAACAAUUUAUUGUAUUAGAUGAUUCAGAUAAUGUUAUAAUAUAAACAUUUAAUGUAGCUGAUUUUUCAAGAAAUUCAUUUAGUAAUUCAAUAGAUAAUGAAAGUGUGGCUUCAAUUUUAAAUUUAGCAAUAGUAUAAGGGAAUAGAGAUUUUUAAGAUUUGAUUGCAAGUAGUGGAACAAUUAAUUAGAGUAGAUUUACAUUAAAAGAGUUAGUAAAUAAAUUAGUAGGAGAUUAUGAACUAUAUAAGAAUAAUAUGUUUAUAAUAAAUAAAGUAGAUGCUUCAUGGAUGAAUGAUUGGAUGAUUAAGAUAUUUUUGGUAGGCAAGAAUAAGAAAACAUUUGUAUUUAUUUAAAUUGAAUAAAGAGAAGUAGUGUAUCAACCAUCAUUUUAAGCAUUCUCAUAAUUUACUACUUAUAUAACACCAAGUUUGAAUUCUAUAAUGACAAUUUCAGUAUUAGCUGAAUCUGAUCCUUAGAUAAGUGAUUAUAUACUAGAAAAAUAUAUGUAUCCAAUAAGAGUUUCAAGUGUUAUAGUAUAUUUGUAAUUAGCAAAUAUGAGAGAUUUCAAUCUUCAUAAUUAAAAGAAAUUAUUAUUAAAAAUAAGUACUGUAGAUAUCUAAUCUAUUUGUGAAGAUUUAAUUAUUAUGGUACAAGAUUCAUCUAAAGCAAAAGGAAUUGAAAUCAAAUUGGAACAUGAAUCAACUGAUAAUAUUAUUGAAACUGAUGCAGAAAGAGUAAUGUAAAAUUUUCAAUAUUUUAGUUAAAACAAUUGAUGUUACCAUUGAUCAAAUUUUGUAUUAAAUAAACUAAAGAUGAUAGUAUAACAAUUUCAUGGAAAAUGUUCUCUACUAAAAAUUAUUAAUUAAUAAUACAUACUCCUAUUAAUAUAGAUGAAAAAGAUUUAAGAAUAAUAAGAUUAAAUCUUAAGAAACCAACACUAUAAUUUUCAGAAUUUAGUGUAUGUCAUAUACUUGCUUAAUAUUUAUCAGGAUCAAUUAAAAAAGGAUUAGAGAUAGCAUAAGUUGAACCUUAUGGAACAGCAUUUAAAUUUACAUUACAAUCAUUUAAUAUUAAUAAUGAAGAAAUGAAAGCAAUUAGAUUAAUUGGAUAAACUCAUUAUUAAGAAACUUCAUUAAGUUAAUUAUUGGCAUAAUAAGACACAUCUAAAUAAAAUGAGAAAACUUAUACUUUAUUUAGAGAAGAAUCUAAUAAAGCUUCUAUGGAUCAUUCUCUUCAUUUUUCUUAAUCUAGAAUAUCUAAAUAAUUUAGUUAAAAAUAUUCAGAAUAUUAAAGCAAUUAUGUUUCCCAAAUAUCUAAGGUGAAAGCAGAUUCUGUUAAUAUUCCAAAUUCUAAAUAAAAAGAUUCUCAUUCUUUUGAAUAAAUAUCAAAUAUCUUUUAUUAAGAUGAAGAAACCAAACAUUAAAAACGAAUCAAUUAUUAAACUACACCUUCAUAAUCUAAAUAUCAAUUACCUCAUUUUCCAGAAGCUACUAUAAAUAAUAGUCUUGGUAAUAGUGCAAAUGGAAAUAAUAGUGGAGGAGCUGUAAAUACUUUAUUAAAUGAUGCUAGAGAAAGAGAAUAAACAUUUUUGAGUUAACCAUAAUUAACUGAAUUAAAAUAAUAACCUACAUCAUCCAAUCUUUUUUUAGAUUUUGGAACUGAUACUCUUUCACCUAUCUAAAUACCUGUAUCUGUAUCAGCUAAAAUGUAAGGAGAAAUUAUUAAGUUUUCAACUACAGGUAGAUGUUGUUCUAGAGUGUUGAUUGCAGAUUGUGAAUAUCAGAAUAUAUAAAUAUUAGAAAUGAUAUUAUCCAGAUUUAAAGUAAAUUCCUCAAGAGCAUUCAGUACUGAAGAUGUUAUUAAAUUAUUAGAAACAAAAAAAAAAUGUAAAUGUGGUAAUAUUGGAUUUGUUUUGUAUUUUAUUAAUGUUGAUUUACCAAAAAAAGGAGGUUUAUGGUUGAGUAGAUAUAUAAAAGAUAAAAUGACCUAAAAAGGAUAUAUUAUAGGAACUACAGGACUUGUUGAAUAUUAUUCGAAAAUUGAAUAUUAUCGUAAUGGAAUAGAUCAAUAUAUAAGUUUACCUUUUGAUUUAGCAGAAGUAAGUAAGAUUUUAUAAAUAUCUCAACACUCUUGA